UGAAAAUUGUAAAAAGCGUCAGCCCAUUUUCUUUGGGAUAAAAGCAGAACAAGAAAUGGAGGCAUCGAAUAUCGCCGUGUCAAUGCCAAGGGUUAACCUGAAAGACACUAUUGAAGAGCUGUUGAAGUUCACUCUCCAAUCUUGCACAAACGGAACCCUAGAAAUCGAUCUAGGGCUGCCCAAGGAAUUGUGCUCCCGCCUCCUCAAACCCGAGCCAAACGACCUGUCCUCCCCCUCCCACUCCGAUUCUUCUACUGGUAUUUUUGAAGGGAUUCCACCGUACCCUUUAUACAAGCGUCUCGCAUUGGCUUUGCAUGAAUCCAUGGCUUCUGGUACCCUUUUCGGUACAUGCAACAAUUUAACCAUUAUUCAUCAAGAAAGUCUCUUGAAGGAGAAAGAAAAUGAAUGGCAGAAGCUGAUCUUGGAGAAGGGAUCUGAAUUAGUAAAUGUAUUGAAGACUGUUAAAAUUGAGCUUCAUGUUCAGGAGCCUUUCUUUUCGCAGCUUAAAGAUGGCCUCAAAACAAUUGAAGGAAGGUGUGCUUUGGGUAAUUGCAGUAGGUACGACGAUUCGAGUAUCAUGCAUAUACCAGUGAGGCUUUAUGAAUGGGGGUUCCUGUUAAGUAAAAAGAAAAAAGGGUUGGGGGACUUGGAUCAUAGUGCAGUCUUGAGUCAGUAUCUAACGAAGGAAGAGUUUUUUAGAAGAAUUGACUCAGGAUCUUUGAUUCUCUUCAAUAAAUGUCUACUAUUUGAAGUUCAGGAUAUUCGCAGUUAUUCUUCGUUCUCUGAAAUGAUGGAGGCAGAGGGUCUUUCUAAAGUCCUUCCUGGAGUUGAAACCAUUGAACAAGGUGUGCAAAUUUACAGAAAGUUUUACACAGAAGAAAAGGAAAGGUCAAAUGGUGUCCUUGCGAUUUGUGUUUCAAAGUUUCCUCUCCAGCCUUACAUUUCAUUAGCUAGAUUGCUAUUUGGAUUGAGUCUGGGGGGUCUUCAAGGCCUUCUUGGUCUGGCACAUACCACAGGAUCUACUCCAGAUGCUCUACCCCCGCCAACAUCUACUCUUCUGUCAUCAUUUGUGCUGCCAUAUAAAUUGAAUGUUGAAGGUAGUACAUUGACUCAUGGAGCUAGGGCCUUGGCAAAACAUGCACAUCGGAGUAGCAGUAAAUAUUGGGGUACCUUAGAUGGAAGUGAUUCCAAUAAAAACAGGCUCGCAUUGGAUGUCAUCACUCGAUUAAUGACACAUUGUUGCUGGUUAAAUGUGCAUAGUGUUCAACCACACGAUGUUGUCUUUGAAAUAAGGGUUGCUGAAGGAUAUGGUGCACGGUGGUCGGAAGAUGGUAGCAAGUUUAUCGGAUUUUUAGAGCCAUACAUGGAAGAUGGUCAUCCAAAGGGAUGGAAGCACUAAACAGGUUCAUCAGAUGUUGCCUUUAGCUUCUUUGGUUCAGAUAGGCAUUGCCUUCUCAAGGACCCCUCUCGCUUGCUUUUCUUGAUGAGGCUUUGAAAGAUUGUUCCUCUUUGUUUUCCACACUACAUUUGCACUCCUGAUCGCUUCCAUUUAUACAGACAAGGAGAUCUUGACUGAGCUAUUCCAGAUGCACUCGAAAUACAUUCUGGCAAUUUGUCAAUGGAUAAGCCACGGAGAACUCUCCUGUAAGUCACUGCACCAGCUAUAAGACUCCUGCACAUAGUAUCACAACUGAUUAUCACCUUUCCAAUUUCUUUCAACGAUCAGCGGCUGUGUUUAUGUCUCCAUGCCAUAUUAGCCCCGUUGGUUAUUCAUAUACAGAAUACUAAGUACUCCUUUUGGACAUAUUAGAUUUAAGCUGUCCCUUGUAACUUCUAAGACUUACAAAUAUUGUUUGUUUUAUUGAUUUAUUUUGAGGAAAAAUGCAUAUUUUGUAGCCAUAGCAUUAUCUAAUAGCUGAAACUAAAAGGCAAUCUCAAUGUACUCGAUGAUUUUUCUGUUUUUC